UUCAGUCAGUCAGCAGUCCAAGUGGAACCACCACGCCGACACACGCAACUCGCGACGAUCCGCACGCUUUCGGGCUUCAGCAGGCAGAAUGCGCAGCAGUUCCAUGGAAGUGUUGCUGGCUGUGUGCGGCCUGUCCGUGGUGUCCGUUUUGGUGACGUACCAGUGGGUGGCCGCCCCCUGGACGGCGCCGGUCCACCCGCAAUCGUCGUCCGCCGUCUUCAUUCCGUCGCACCUGCACCACAUCCUGCACUCGCUGGAGAGCCAACAGUUGGGGGUGGAGUCCAACAAGAGGGUGGCCAAGAUUCAGGGCUCGUACCAGAGCAGGGCAGAACUCUACGCCAGCCUCUUCGACAUCAAUUACCACGUUAACACCACUUCACAAGAGUGGAAUCUGUUGUUGUGCGGGGCGCACCUGUGUUCCUUUGGCCGGUUGUCGGACGGCCAGAAAGUGAGCCAAAUUCCGGGUCUGUCCGCACUGCUGUCAUCGAACGCAGGUUUCUGUCGCCUGCAGAGGCAACUCGCAGCUGCCACUCUCGGAGGCCUCGCUUGCUUUUCCAUGCCGGACGACUUCGAGGAGCUGCUCAACGAGGCGGACAGCGCUGCCAAUCACACCCAGUGGACGGUCGUUCAGACGGACGCUCCGGAACGGCCGCCCAAACAUGUUAACACGUUCCAACUUUUCCAAAUAGCCAGAAAUAAAAAACUACCUGAGAGAGGGACCGUUAAGACUGUCGGCAAACCUUAUUUUCUAUUGAACGGACAAUAUUCUGCAACCGCUCAUCUUACAAUUUUAAUAACCUCGAUGGCUCCGUUGCGAGCCUACCUGGACGAAAACGAAGGCAAAGUCGUGCUACAAGACAAAACGGGAAACUCAACUAAGCAGAAAUCUUGGGAUCUGCAGCAAUUGUGGUCACAUCUUGGACCUGAAAAGAGCACCAGGCUGAAGAAGCAAGUGCGGAACUCCGUCCUUUUCCUGCUGCUCAAGGCAGAAACGGCGCUUACAAAAUAUUUGCCCAACUCUAACAGGCAAAACUUUUUUCAAAUAAUAUCCCUGCACGUAACUCUCGACGAAGAGCUGAAUCCUGUGAUCGAAGGUGUCAACCCUGACCCCAGGGUCAACCGAAAGACCCUCAGUCGAUUUUUACGACUGGCCACCGCCACUGACUGGGUUCACGAUGACGUCACCACUGCCCUUCUCUACUCAGGCGCUGGAUGCGACUCGCAAAAAUGCCCACCGACCAAAGAGGACUUUCUCUUUUUGCUGAGCACCCGAAGAGAGGCCCUUUAUGCUUCCACCCUUGUUCGGCUCUACCCCCAACCCCUACCUUUACCACAAAGUUGGACCAACCUUCUUGUAAAUGAGACUACUGGGACUCACGUUACUGUUCAGGGUGAUUUACUUUACUCUUCAGUGGAAAAAUAUUUUGCAAGAAAAACUUCCACAAUGGACAAUAAUAUACCUGCAUUUAUCACUAAUCUGGAAAGUCUGCAUGUUUUGCCUGGAAAGUACCUGGAGCCGUCAAAGGAUGACAACCUGAGCAUGAUGAGUCAUGAAUGUUCUGAUGACCCUGGAAGUGCAAUUUACCUGAGGUACCUGAUGAUCGACCAGGGCCGCAUUUUGAAACCAACCUUUGAUCCUGAAAUCCGGCAGUACCAAGUGGACCUGGCGUACAACACUACUUUGGUAAAAAUCAAGGCAGCGCCUGCAAAAUGUGGAAUUUUGCUAUUUUUUGACGACCAGGAUCGACCGUCCAGUUCUUACAAAAGCAGUGUUGGUUUAGGCGAGAACCGAAUUUCCAUCCGUCUGCAAACUUCGUCUCAGCAAAUCCUGAGCACCUACUGGCUCACCCUGACGCGCACCCCUGAUCAGCCCAAAUCACCCUUUGAUUCUGGACAAAUCCAUCAGGUCUGCAGUUUGAAACAGGACUGCAACUUUAAAUUCUCUCCCUCCGAGCCGUGCGGUCUUCAACUGGAAACGGAUUCGCCAAAGUGGUCGUUCGCCGCGGGCCAAUUCUCCAAACUCGCCCCCUGCACCGCGGGAGACGCUGCAGGUCGAUGGGUGCUGCCUUGCAUCGAUUGCAACGACAAAAGUUCUUGUUGGUGGAGCGAAGCCGUUUGGCAACCCUUCCAAUGUCAACACGCCAAAGUGAAAUUCUUGCACCAAUGUUUGCAGAACAAAAAGAUUUUAUUCAUCGGAGACUCGACCGUGCGAGGAAUGAUGCACUACGUGUUGGAGCGGCUGAACGGCUCCCUCGGUGUGCGCGAUAAAAGCCACGGAUUGUCGCACUUCAAGGUGUCCAAGACGGAGCUCUCGUUCGCCUACUACCCCCAGUUCUGGCUCCGACCACCCCACAGACCCGUGUUCGCCAAGACGCUCUACCAACUUCUGCUCAGUGCUCAGCCACUUAGCAAUUCCAGUGAUACAAUUUUAGUAGUUGGAGGCGUGCAUUGGUUGGCUACGAAUCAUCUCCACACUUUGAUUAACAUUUUAAAAAGGGAAGGUUUGGAAGGAACGAAGAUUGUGAUAAAAACCCUGGGCUCCGGUUUCCACAUCCCGGCAGACGGUGUCCACCUCCUUUCCACUAGGCAACAGGAAAAAUUGGUUUUGCAUUCUCAGGGGCUGGCUGCCUUUGGAAAGCAUUUCCAAAUGGAGGUGGUUGACACAUUCAACAUGACGGCGGCCAGAUUCAGAGACUUCGUGCCCGGAAAGUGCGCCUGCCACUUCCACUCGGUGACUGCAGCCGAGCGAGGCGGCGGCUUCCACAUCGAGGGGGCUGUCAAUGCAAUCUACUCGGAGAUCCUGCUGGCCAGAAUGUGCUCCUGAUCAUGCACACGUGAAGAGCCAUUGUACGUUACAACUUCAUCGGGCAGCCACCGCCGACGGGCAGCGUGUGUUCGUAAUGCGAAAAUAAGAAUGUAAACGAGAGCAGUAUUGAAUAGGAGACGUGCGAGUGUACUUACUUUACACACACUGUACACUUAAUAUCAUGCAAAAGUGACUCUUGAAAGCCAUAGAGUGACGUCUUAAUAAGGGACAUUUUGCAAAUUUCAACUGUGCUGACCAACAGAUUGAAAAAUAGUCCAAUAACCUAAUAAUGUUAAUAAUAAAAAAAUUUAUUAGAUCAUUUCGAAGCUUAUCGCAGAGAGUUCAUACAGACGACAAUAAUAAAUAUAAUCGAAAAAAAGAACUGAUCUAUACAAAAUAUUAAAAAAAAACAUUAGAAAUUAUUUCAAUGAGCUUGGAAUGUUUGAAGGUGUUGAAUUUGUAAUGGCUGUGAUCCGGCUUAUUAAUUUUAUGACUGGCCAAUUUUUUUUUUGUAAAAUCAAAAAGUGAAAAUCAAUGAAUGCGUGACAAUAAGAGAAAUUUUUUAUUUUAUUAUGAUUGUUUAAUUCUAAAUUAAGGGACAAAAACAAAUUUGUUACUUAAAUUUUGACUCUUAAAUGAAUUUUGGAGAAGUUCUUGGUCAAUUUAUAAUUUAUAAUCAUACCAAAAAUUGUUAGUCACAUAAUUUAGCUUUGUAAAAUAUUGAAAUAUUCUUUUUCAGCCUUUUUCAAAUGUAAAAAAAUGAACGUUGAAAAAGUGAUUGGUGGCCUCCAAGCACGAAACAUGAUGCAUCUGCCUGUUAUUUCCCAAACUUUCUGCAUGACUGCAGAAGUUUGUCUUUCAUAUGCAAAGCGCGCACAUGUAUAUACACACGUGUACAUUAUAGUGUAAAGUUAUUGUGUAUUUCGAAAGUCAAGGUAUACAAAUGUAAUUAAUAACGUUGCUGCUCGGAAUGAUAAAUAUGUAAUUUAACAUAGGUCGGGCAGCGCAGAAUGAAGUUAAGAUUUAGACGCCUUGCACACGCAAAUAUACCAAUGAGUGCGACAAUAAAUUUUCAAAAAAGAAGUAAACACCAAGUUACUGUUAUGAAACACUAAGAAUGCUCUUUUAUUAUAUUUUUUGAUUAUAUAUAACCUCAAAGCUCCAAGAGUUCUCAUCUUUUUGCUGGUGCUUAAAUAAACUAAAAAUAAAAAUUAUACAGGAUUUACUCGGCUCUGCUGAAAACGUGCUCUAUAAAAGGCCUAGCCACGAUGGUAUUUUUUUUUAAUAUCAAUUUUAUUUUAAUAAAUUCUUUUUCAGUCUGAAAUUUUCACUCUUUUUGCUAUCUUAAAUAAAUUAAAGCUCAUUAAAACUUGACAAUAGCUUUGAGAUGGUGAUCGAUUUCCUGUUAUUCAAGAGACUCAGCUUGAGAUAUAAACAGAAUGUA